UUAUUCUCUGGGAAGAAAAUCUGCAUUUGCGUUUUUAAUCAAAUUUCACCAUUACAGCACAGCAACAUUACGGUUGUGGUCGCUGACGUGACCUCAUCUGAGUCCACUUUAUCAUCACUUCUGGUAUCUCAUCAACCUUUUCAUCUCCUGGUCAACAAUGCAGGAGUGGGAAUGCUUGAAUCUUGCCUCGAAAUCAGUGAGCAAGCCAUGAACAUGCAGUUUGAUGUCAAUCUAAAAGCCCCGAUUGUUCUGACCAAAAUUGUCGCCAACGAGAUGAUUCGGCAUUCAGUCCGUGGUUCUAUCGUCAACAUUUCAUCGCAGGCGUCAAUGCGACCAAUAGACCAUCACACGAUUUAC